AUGUCUCUCUUUAAAGCAGUGUUGACUACACUGUCAGUUUCCACCAUUGUUUCUGCCGUCCCGUUGCUCGAGCGUCAGGAGAAUGUUACCGAUCCUGCUCCCGCCGCCCCCGAUGUCGACUGUGCACCCAACUCUGCUACUGGCCUAAAGGCCGAGUGCUGGAAAGCUUUGGAUAUGGACAAGUACAUCAACGAUUGGGUUGCCGAAAAUGGUGAUGCGGCCAACUGUGAGGCGCUCGGCUUUGCUCAAUGUUUCCUCCAGGCCAAUGGUUUCACUGGCCUCACUUGCAACCUGAUCACAAGUGACACCUGCCCACCUUUCAACACCAAGAGCGUCGAGAAGUACGAGUCUAACCAGCAAUUCUAUGCUCUCUGGAACAUUUACACAGUCUAUCAAUUCUUUAACCAGUACUCUCAAGCUCUCAGCAACGGCGCAUCCCUUGCUGGCCAAACAGUUGAUGCUAUCGUCGCCAAGGUUGCUCCUCCCGUCGAAGCCAACACCCCCCAGAGCGAAGUCUUCAGUAUCCUUUCUUCCACCCUUGGAGUUGUUUCCAUCUUUACUGGCCUUAUCCCUGGCGACGCAGGUCUUGGUGUCGGUCUAAUCAGGGGUGGUCUCUCUGCUGCAUUGGACCUGGCUGGCAAGCUCGGCAAGCCUCUGAGUAUCACUCAAAAAGCAAAUGAUCGCUUUAUCCAGCUCGGUGCCAUUGGUUCAUCGCUGGCCAAGCUUGUUGAGUCUUACCAACAGAACCUUCUUGACAGUGUCAAGGUGAUUCAGGGUGACCACCAACUGUUCCUGGCCGCUUGCGGAGAAGGUGGCUUCUCUCAGCGAGUCACUACUUCGCUUACCAUCCAAGCCAGCACUCUUUACCGACAGCUUCAACUCUUCAUCCUCUCAAGUGCCCUCAAGGCCAACGGUAUCGUCUCUUCUCGAAGCACCGGCGUCAUUGCUAUGGACGUCGCCAGAGACACUGGUGAGAUCUCAUGCGAUGGUCUUGGUGCUGCUGGUACCUGCAACCAAUGGUUCGUCGAUGAAGAAGCCAAGAACACCUAUGCCUUCCACAACCCCAACGACUGGGAAAAUACCCAUAUUGAUCUUAUGGUGUCUAUCAUUGACGAGGGAUGGGCAGACAUGGCUGAAGUCUUCAAGAUUGAGGACUGUGCUGGCAAGACUCCCGAGUUUGACCCGGCUACUCUCGGCAUGACCUGUCUUGCUACUCACGGCUUCUGCGAGUGGGACUACUCGGGCGCCACUCCCUCAACUACUCGCGGACAAUUUACAAACUGUGACAAUGACAGCAAAUGGGGUUCACUUUGCGGCAGCUUCCAAGAGGGAAAGCUUGUUCCUGAAUCUUACCUCGGUCCUCUCUUGUCCAACAGCGCCUUCUUCUGCAAGAGACGCUAA